UGGAUCAGGUGAAGAAGAAGGAGAAGAAGAGUGAAGAGACGAUGGUAUAGGAUGAGGUAACAAGUUGGGCGAAGUGUGUGCGUGUGUGAGUGUGCAAUUGGUGCAAAGGCCGAUAUGCGUAUGUGUGAGUGCGUGACAAGGGUGGAUAGAAGGAUGCAUAUAAAGCGACGCCCCGCCAAUGAAAAGCAUCAUUCGUUCACCGUCCAUCACUCAGUUCCAUUGCUGCUUCAACAUGCAGGUCCAGAUCGCUCUCGUAUCGUGCCUUUUGGCUGUCGCCUCAGCGGGAGUCAUCCCAGCUGCCCCCGUAGCCUACGCUGCCCAUGCCGCCCCCGUGGCCUACGCUGCACACGCCGCCCCCCUGGCCUACGCUGCCCAUGCCGCCCCCGUCGCCACUUACGCCGCACACGCCGCCCCCGUCGUAGCCACCAAGGCAGCCGUCGUCGACGAGUACGACCCACACCCAGAGUACAGCUUCGCCUACGAUGUCCAGGAUGCUCUGACCGGAGACUCCAAGAGCCAGCACGAGAGCCGAUCCGGAGAUGUUGUCCAGGGCAGCUACUCCCUGGUUGAGCCCGAUGGCACCAGGAGAACCGUCGACUACACCGCUGAUCCCGUCAACGGAUUCAACGCUGUUGUCCACAAGGAGCCCGCUGCUCACCCAGUUGUCGCCAAGGUUGCCGCCCCCGUCGCAUACGCCGCCCCAGUCGCUAAGGUCGCCGCCCCUGUUGCAUACGCCGCUCAUGCCGCCCCCGUAGCAUACGCUGCCCAUGCCGCCCCCGUUGCAUACGCCGCCCAUGCUGCCCCAGUCGCAUACGCUCAUCAUGCCGCCCCCGUUGCAUACGCUCAUCAUGCUGCCCCCGUGGCAUACGCCGCUCACGCCGCCCCCGUAGCUUAUGCUGCCCAUCACGCCACCCCCGUGGCCUACGCCGCUCACUACUAAUCUCAUCAACCAUCGACUGUGGCGCAUAGCAAAGACUGCAAGUGUGUUCUAACACUGGCUCAUCUCUGUACCUGUACAUAGUUUAAAAAUAAAAAUACUACACGAAAAUUGA